UUCUCCACGUUUCUUUACAAAAUCCAUUAAUUGGAAAAUUUCACCUUUGUUUUGCAAUAUCUGAAAAACUUUAAAGUUAGGGGUUAUCAUGAUCGAAUUUAGCUAGCCUUCACUAUACAUAUUUGGCUAUGCAUCAUGAGCUUGGCGACUAACAACAAGUUGUUCCGUUAAAUUUUAUCUUGCUUCUAUCACGCACUGAGGCAAUUAAGCUUGAAUUGUAUUAGUUUAGUUAUUUAUUAUACGUAUGUCUAUUUCUUGCACAUGCCUAAGGCAGUGCAAGUUCUGAAUAAUAAAAGAUAAUAAAUCUGGCAGAGUUCUGAAUAAAUAAAUUCCCACACAUACUUAAGCCUUAUUUGAGGGCUGGCGCUAGAUAUCUUACCGAAUGCAGUCUCCGUGGGUCCUAAAUUCUCCAAGUCGGUGCGGCCAUACAUUUUAUUUAAUUUAAUUUUAAUUAUUUAUCUUUUCAUAUACUUUUUAUUAAUAAAUAUUUUAUAUUUAGUUUUCUUUCAAUAUUUUUAAAAAUUAUUUUAUAUUUAGUUUCUUUCAAUAUUUAAAAAAAUAUUUUAUGUGCAUUAUUUGAGUAAUCCUUCUUCAAGAUUUAUUGAUUUCUCCAUAUUUGCUUUUCUAGGUUUACUGUUGCCAAAUGGUGAAAUAAAUUGGGCUUGUCCUUGUCUAGGAAAUAUGGCUGUUGGUCCAUGUAGUGUUGAAUUUCGAGAAUCUUUAACUUGUUUCCAUAACAGCACAGCAGAUCCUAAAGGAAGUGAUUGUUUGGAACAGUUUAGAGAAAUGAAUGAAUGCAUGGCACGAUAUCCAGCUUUAUAUAAGAAAACUGAUGAAGAGGAGGAAAGGGCACUUGAAGGCUUAGAUGAAGAUGAUGAAGAAUCAUUAAAUUCAUUAUCAAAUGCGCCAGCUUCUACUUCUGAAACUGUGACAGAAACAUCAAAGUCUGAAAAAUAAAUUAUUUUAAAAAUAUAGUUUUAUACUAAAUUGUAUCUCCAUUUGCUUUGUAGUAAGAAGUAUUUGAAAUAUUGUCAUUUUCUUGAAUCAUAUGAUUAUUCUUAGACAGAAUAUCUCUUGUACAUAUGCAUUUUUUACUACAAAUUGUAUUAGUUGAGUUAUUAAACAGAUACAGAUAUAUAUAU